CGCAUGCGCCUCGCCUCCAGUCUUCAGCCUUUGGAACUCGGGCUCACUUCAAUAAGAGAGACCAUGUCCGCCAUCAACCUUAGGCACUCUAUCCUUUCAUUUAAACCAACUUCUUCAUGAAAUAGCAGUAACACACGGCCUCAAGCAUGGCCACAUCGGGUGCAGUUCAGGUGAAACUGGAGCUCGGUCACCGAGCCCAGGUCAGAAAGAGACCUACAGCGGAAGGGUUUACUCACGACUGGAUGGUGUUCGUUAGAGGACCGGAGCACAGCAACAUUCAGCACUUUGUGGAAAAAGUCGUUUUUCAUCUGCACGAAAGCUUCCCAAGACCAAAAAGAGUUUGCAAGGAUCCACCUUACAAAGUUGAGGAGUCGGGGUACGCAGGCUUUAUCUUGCCAAUUGAAGUAUACUUCAAAAAUAAGGAAGAACCUAAGAAAGUGCGCUUCGACUACGACUUAUUCCUGCACGUCGAAGGCCACCCACCUGUAAACCACCUCCGCUGUGAGAAGCUCACUUUCAACAACCCCACAGAAGAAUUCCGGAAAAAACUGCUGAAAGCGGGAGGGCAAAGAGAUCCUCACAAAAGGUUUGCUGAUGACCCAAAAGUCAUGGUCAUGCAGGAAGGAUCCACGUCGCUCUUCGGACAAAGCCUGCAACUCCCUGUACUCCCCAGUAAUGCUGCAUCUUUUUCGGACACAAAGAAGAUCAAGUCCUCCCAUGGAUCAAAGGACCUGGCCAAGUGCAGCACCCUCACCACCACCACUACCAACAGCAGCAGCUCAUCAAAGCACCACAAAUCCGCGAAAGAGCACAAAGACAAACCUUCAAAAGAGCAUAAAAGUGCCUUUAAAGAACCUUCCAGGGAACUCUGUAAACUUUCCAAAGAUUCCAAGAAACCCAAAGAAAAUAGACCACUUAAAGACAACAAGCCCAUUCCGAAGAUGGCGUUUAAAGAACCCAAGCCCAUGUCCAAGGAAUUAAAGUCUGACACGAGUAGUGUCCACGUCGACAGGGCGGGGGGUCUGCAACACGACAUUAAGGCCACCAACAAAAGGGAGCCCAGUGGCAACCCUAAUGAACUUGUAACCAAAAAGAGAAAGAAGAGUAGCUUGGAAACUGCGCUGAAACCUUUAUCCAGCUCGUCUCCACCGCACCUUUCCUCGGACAAAAAACAGACGAAGGACAAACCCCAGAUCCGAUCAGCAAAACUUAAAAUAGACAGCGAGACCCCAGAGAGAAAGAAACCCACUUUGCCUCAUUUUGAAGAUUUUGUGGACCCAAAUGAAUCGGACAUAGAGGACAAUAUGUCUACCAAGUCAGAGUUGGGACAGCCCAGUCCAGCAAGCUCCAGUACCAGUUCCAGCUCUGGUUCUAGUUCUCAGAACACACAAGUGCCUGACUUCAUCUGCAGGAAGGUUGUAGCUGUCCCUGCAGCAGCUCAUACAGUUUUGGCCCCUUUGUCAAUAAUGCAGGACCUGCAUUCUGAUGACAACGAAGAGGAUUCGGAGGAAGAGGAUGACAAUGAUUCAGACGUAGAGCGGCCUGUACACAUGCACAUGACCCACAGAAAUCGCAGGGUGAGCUUAAGUGAUGGCAGUGAUAGUGACCAUAGUGCUGCUUCAUCACCACCAGCACACCGUGAACCACCACCCUCACUAAAAACUAGCAAGAACCAGAUUAUAGAAGUAAAAAGCCCAAUAAAGCAAACAAAACCUGAAAAAACAAUAAAGAAUGGGGAUUGUGAUACGGCUUAUCUCGAUGAGCUGGUGGAACUUCAUAGAAGGUUAAUGACUCUGAGAGAGAGACACAUACUACAGCAAAUUGUUAACCUCAUAGAAGAAACAGGACACUUUCACAUUACCAACACCACCUUUGACUUUGACCUUUGCUCACUGGACAAAACCACAGUACGAAAACUACAGAGUUACCUUGAGACUUGUGGAACUUCCUGAGAUUACAGCGGCUGGCUGCUUCAUGGAAAUGAGAAACACAUACAACAAAACUUCUUUUUUUAUU